CAUUGAGCUUCGGAUAUAAUAAUAGGCAUGGGCUCAACUGUACUGUACCACCGUACCACUAGCUAGCUAGGCUAACCAAACAAACCCAAAAGCAAAGCACAACAACGGCGUCAAACUCUCUUGGAUCAUAAGGAAGUAACCCGCUUUCGCAUCUGACGGUGCUAGCUAUGGUUGCCCCACUUCCCUCAUCGCGAAUUCGUUACUCGGAAGAUGGAGCGACGAGAGAAGGCCACCUUGUGGCCUUUGGAGAGUUCACAUUUCUGGAUGUUGCCAAUGGGACGGUAACGCGAGUGCUGGAACACAACAUUGCAUCCAUGUCCGUCAACGUAGCAGCCUUUCUGGCAUGGAAACACUUUCGAGAACGGAGUGGUGCGGUAGUUCCAUCACUUCCCGGUCAACUGGAAGGUUGUGACUUUGAUUGGACGUGGGAAAGUCGAGAUACCCAAACGUCUCCCAAGCAGGCCAUUCAAGACCUAUUGACUGUGACGACUGAUCCAUUGUGGCUACAAGGGGGAAACGGGACGAAUACUAGUGGCAGCUACAACAACACACUUGACAGCUACAACAACACACUUGAUGAUGACUGGCAGUUUCCAUUUGCCAUGUUGGGAUCUACCAUCUCGCGAAUCUCCUAUCCCCUUUCUGUGAUUGGAGAAGUCUACCAAAUCCCGCAAAUCAGUGCCACAUCUACCAGUUCGAGACUCGACUUGGCCCAAUACUUUGCAAGGACCGUAGUCAGCAACAAAGAGGAUGCGUCGGCCAUUAUCAAGUUCUGCAAAAGCAAGGGUCUUUCGCACUUGACAGCCAUUUACGUUCGAGAUGAAUACGGCACUGAUUUCGCCGCCAAUUUACACCGGCACGCCAAUAGAGAAGGAAUUCACUUGAGCAUGUUCAGCUAUGUCGAAGGGGCUUCCGAGGACAGUGGAGACCACAUUUCUGCAAGUUUGCAACAACUCAAACAAAGCGGGAUCAAGUAUGUCGUAAGUCUGGUUUUGGACUGGCCAACUGUAUUCGAAGCAGCCUACGAUAUUGGCAUUAUUGGGACUCCCGAACAUGUCUGGAUUUCUUUUGAUCUGGUGUGGGAACCAAGGCAGUUGAGGCGGCAUGAUCCCCGGGAUGUAAAGCUUGCCAAAGCUCUCGAUGGGGUAGGUGUCAUCCACGUGCCCUUUCCUGAGAAGGACAGCCUGCAGGCUGCAAUGCUGGAGUUUGCGCAAGACGCCAAUUUACAGAGGGAGUACUUUGAAACAUUUCCUGAUGACGACCUCUAUUGGGAAAACGCCUCCUUUGUGCAAGCAACUGAUUUUCCCUACAUUUACCCAUCCUACGAUUCGGUCUUAGCUUUGGGGAUCGCAGCGUGUCGAACACCCGGCUUGUUUACAAGCGCAGAAUUGUUCAAUACCCUGGUCAAUCUUGAAUUUCAAGGCAUUAGUGGAAAUGUAUCUUUCAACAACCAAACUGGUACAAGAAGCUCUCGCGACACCCAAUAUACCCUUGAAAAUGUCUACUUGAGCCAGGACAAUUCCAAUGAAACGCUCAUCCGUCUAGAAUCAAGGAUUUCUGCAAUCCUGAUAGAAGAGCAAGUUGUGCAUUUGGAGGACUAUUUGUACAACAACCACACGACAAUACGCCCCCCUUACCUUGUGCCAGUCGAUCAUAAUUACAACCUGAUCCCUUCGAGUGUCCAAGUCUUGGGCUGGUCCUUUGGUGGGGCAAUGAUGAUGUUGAGUUUGCUUCUAGCAGGAUGCGUGCUUUGGAAUAAGAAUGAUCAUGUUUGGAGAAUAAGCCAACCUCUGUUCCUGGUACAGAUCUGCAUUGGAACGUUCAUCACAUCUGCAGCAAUCAUACCAAUGGGAAUGCAAGGGAAAGAGUAUUCAAGGCAACUAGACAUUGCAUGCAAUUCCAUUGUUUGGUUGCUUGCCCUUGGCUUUGUGGCCUGCUUCUCAGCUAUCCUCAGUCGCACGUGGAGGUUAAACAAACUGAUGUCAUCCAGCCAAGGAUUCCGAAGGACUCAGGUGUAUGCACAAGAUGUUGCUUGGCCUUUUGCGGUCUUGACUACUGUCAAUGUUGUUCUGCUGAUUGGGUGGACCGCUGUGUCUCCCCUGCAGUACGAAAGGGUACAAACCAUAGAUGUGGAUUCUUUUGGGAGAAGUUUGGAAUCCUACGGAAGGUGUCAGAGCACCAACAAAACAGUGCAACUUGCCUUCAUGAUCCCUCUCUUGGUGGCCAAUGCUGCUGGGGUUAUCAUGGCUGUGUAUCAAAGCUACAAGGCUAGAAACUUUGCUACAGAGUUGCAGGAGUCAACCUAUCUGGCUGUGAGUAUGUUGACUUUUUUGGAAACUUUGCUUCUGGGAAUUCCCACAUACUUUGCAUCUGCCAGUCACCCAUCUGCAAAGUUUCUGGCUGGGGCAAUCUUGAUAUGCAUUUCCUGCAUGACCAUCAUAUUGCCAGUCUUUUUGCCAAGUUUCUUUACAGAAAGCAGUACAGUGAGGGUCGGGGGGCAACAAAUCUGGCUGGAAAUAGGAAACCGCAGAGGCCCAGACUCGAUGCUCAGAAGACAUGGGGGAAGAUGCAGUUCUGGCAACACAGCAGCACGAUGGAAAGUGGCAUUACUACAGUACCACAGAAGGUAUCCACCAUUUGAACCACCCCCAAAGAGAAAGCUCGUAACGUAGUGUGAUUGUGGUCACAGUGCUUGCCCAGGGGCCAAAGACCCAACUUGUCGUUCAGUAGAUGCUAGAUAUCAGCAGAAUAUGGGACAAACAUCCGCAGUUGUCGCCGGCGGUUAGCCACUGUCAACCAAACCUUCAAUCCAAUCAGGCAAUAAGGUCAUUGGAACCGUUGUUACAUAUAGCUUUGUUUUACUAUGGACCAAAUGCAAGGCAUGCUAUCACAGAAUGCAAAGACCUCUCAGAGCCUGUAAGGCGGUGUGACAUGCAUCGGUAACUGUAUUGUGUGGGGUGAUCCAACUCAGCAGUGGAGAAUGAUGGAGCCCUCUUCUGCCGUUUG